GAAAUUUUUUUUUUGACGAUUUUUAUUUUUACUUAAGAGUGUUUCCAAACAAGCAAAACAAUUCGACCAAAGAAAAAUAUUGUUGACCUGUUGUCUUAUUUCUCACUGAUUAUCUUCACCUGGUUCAAAAGAUUUGUUUGCCGAAUUUCGAAUUGAAACAACAAUAUGGCACCAUCAACACCAACUGGUAAAAUUGGUAAAAAAAGUGCCGGAAAAGCACAAAAAUCGGUUCGUGUAACGGAUAAAAAGAAAAAACAUCGUCGCCGUAAAGAAUCAUUUUCAAUUUAUAUCUAUAAAGUAUUGAAACAAGUACAUCCGGAUACUGGAAUAUCAUCAAAAGCAAUGUCGAUAAUGAAUUCAUUUGUUAAUGAUAUCUUUGAACGUAUUGCAGCCGAAUCAUCAAGAUUAUCGCAAUACAAUAAACGUUCAACAAUUACAUCAAGAGAGAUACAAACUGGUGUACGAUUAUUAUUGCCAGGUGAAUUGGCUAAACAUGCUGUAUCGGAAGGUACCAAAGCUGUAACCAAAUAUACAUCGAGCAAAUAAAAUCAUUGUGUAAUUGUUUUCUGGUUAACCGAAGGAAUCAUCACAUUCGAUUGUUCUUUUUUUCUCUUUCAUUUAAAAAUCAUCUUUUAUGUGUCAACCAACAAUUUAUACCAUUCAUU